AGCGUUAGUGCUAUCAAUAGAUUCGCCAUGGAGUCCUUCCCGCCUGAGCUCUUGGCGAAAAUCUUCAGUUUUCUAAAUGGUAAAGACAUCGCCUCCGUCGCUCAAGUGUGCCGUUCCUUUUAUGAAGCGAGUCUUAUAGAAAACGUCUGGCGAACACGAUGUGCCCUAGAAUUUGCUGUGAAAGUGAGACACGUUGGCAAUUUUGUCUUCAAGGACAUCUACACAAAGCUACUCCACAAGUACCGGUUUUACCUGGGCCUCUGGCAGCCACAGGUGUCUUCUUAUGGGGGCCUUUUCCAAGUCUUGUUUGACCCUGGACAUGCUGCCAUAGUGGGGCAGGAGUUGCUACCUCCACGGGACCCAUUCAUCACUGAGCCACUUCGCAAGAAAUUGCUCUUUACCGUUUCACUUGACCGGGAGAAUGAAGAUGAUGUUGUCUGUGUUGGUGGUUACAAGGGACCCCACAAAGCUGUCAUAUUGGAGAUUUCCAAGGAUGAGUUUGUGUUUAAAUGUUGCGACUCAAACCACCAUCGUCACCCAAAUGGAAAACACCAGGAACUUCGUGACUGGAUUCAUGAGGAGACUUCGGUGCCUCUGGAUAUGCAUCAGUUUCCACACAGCCAGGAGCUGCUGCUUAUGAAAUUUUUGAUCUUGAGGCAAUUAGAUUAUGCAUUUCAGUAUAAGCGAGUUACGCUGCAAGCCCCAUUGACUGGUGUGCCCAUUCAGCCUGGCAUUUUCAAGGGUACCUAUGGCACGCAUGGUCUCGAGUUGAUCCAGUUGGAAUACGUUGACAACUGCACAAAGCUCCGGGCCUCCAAGCUCUCGGGUGACCCCAACGUGCCAUCUGGCCAGGUGACUUUUGAGGUGGUCCUGCAGUACUCGAUGGUUUUAACAGCACAGCAGCAAGCAUCCAUCUCGGCUUUGGAUGCCAUCGAAGUGCGUGCAAGUGACACCCCAUACAACAAUGUGCCAACCACACCCCAGCCAUUCCGUGUCCCACUGGGAUGUCAUGAACGCUUCCUUGAGAUUCCCAGGACUUGCAUUGCAAGGUACCACGGCUUGGGCCAAGUGGCUGGUCAUGGUUACACAAACCCAUCUUUCUCACGAGGUCACUGGGUUGUCUUCAGUGAGGACCUCUUUGGCUUCCUCUGGCUGGAGCUGCUUUCAUUAAGCAUGUACCACAGAGUUAAGGAGGACCUUGCCUAAAACUCCCCUCCCUUGAGAUACGACUGGAAUGAUCUGUGUUGGAAUUGGGCUGCGGCAUUCUUGCUAAAGCAGCUAAGGAAUGGGAGCCAAAGCGGCGCUACCAAAGCUGUCAUUGGGAAGAAUGUUAUGAGGCCAUGCAACGCAGGUGUAUUGAACAUCAGGGAAGGCCGCACAGCUUGGUGGCAGAGAUUUGUUAAGAUUGUUCAGAGGGGUGCAUUCAGAGGGCAGUUCUUGCCUUACUAUGGAAAGGUCAAGUGUUAAAUGUAGUGCUCAGAAAGCAAUGGCACUGCCUUACUGAUUACCAUGUUCAUGUGUGCAACGCCACACAUUACAAGUGUGUUUAAUUGAACUCUGGUCAUCUGUUGAUUUCACCCGCAAGUUCUAACUGUGGUGGGUAGUGCCAUUCAGACAAUACUUUGUGGGAAGUGCAUUUGUGAGCACUACAUGCUUUUCUUGUUUGUGCUUUUUUCAGUGUGUGAGAUCUGGGAGAUAGCCAUCAGGAGCAGUAGCCCACUGUUGCUAUACUAUGUGCAUUUUUUAAGAAAACAGAGGUUGGUAUAGAGCACUGGGCCAUUCGUUGACUCCUGGUUUUACUAAUUCUUACCUUUGCUUCUUUCACAAGUGAUAUGUGAGCAUGCAUGACACAAAAAUUGAUGUGGUGAACUUAUGUUACUAGAAGCCUUGUGGUAGUUUGUGUAAAGUGUUGUUCAUGGGUUGUCUGCUCUUGCAGGCCUGUGUUUAUCAGGAGAAAAGAUCAAAGAAUGUGUACAUACGUAUUAUAUAUUAUAUACACAUAUAUAUACAUAUAUUUUUUGUGGCAUGUUGUGAUCAGCCGUAUAGCGUGAUGUUUAUGAUCUCUUGCAACGUCUAGCCAUGUUCUUUCUUUUUAUUGUUGGUAUUGUGAGUGAAUGCACAGAACAAGGAAGACUUUAAUGACUGUGGUUUUAUGCUUGCAACUCCAGUCACACUCGUACAGAACACUUCAGCCAGGCAGUGUCAAGUGACAUUAACCAGCACCUUCAAGCUUGAUAUAACUUUCUACAUCUAAAAACAAUUUGCAUGUGGUACCAUGUGCUUAUAAAGAGGCUUUUUGAGCAUAAUGCCAUUUCAUAGAUGUUUCCAUCACAGCCUGUAAAUUGCCAGUUUUAUGUGCAUCUGUGGGAUUGGAGUUGUGCAGACCAAUAUUGACCUGAACACAUGCUUGCACCUAGCGCUGCUGCACUUAAAUAUGUGAAUCAGUGCUUUUGAAUGUGCAUAAUUAGCUGUGAACAUUUACUAACAUUGGGGCUCAAAUACAGGUACUGAAGGGGCAUUGAAUUGACUUUUUAUAUAAAACAAACGUAAACAUGUUUGGUAAAAAAAAACAUGCAGCUUUGGUAAUGUAUGUAAAGUAUUUUGCCAUGAGACACUGAAGUUAAGGAAUGGGAAGAUUUAGAGGACAUUUAGGAUUUUAUCUCUAUGAUGCAUAGUUAUAUAUGUCCACAGUUACUUUAGCACACAUUAUCAAUAAAAGAAAAGAAGAGGAGAAAAUGCAAAUAGUACAAAAGUAAGAGGAAAAUCAAAUGAUGUGAAAGAGCAUUUUGUACCUCUUGAAAUGACAAGAUGUGUGGGUAUUUUAGAGCACCCUUUUGUUUGCUGCAGUCUGUGAGGUUCCUGUUUGAGUACAAGGUUGCUGUCAUUAGCUCUCUCAUGGUCAUUGUUUCCUAUAGUGUGGAAUUGUGUGAGUUAACUGUGGCCAAAGCGAAGUCUUCGCAAACAAUUAUGUGGCUGACUGAGGUUGCAGCAUUUUGUGUAGAAACGUUGUGAACGAAUGUAUUAGAAAAGGGAGGACGAGGACACCUUUCUAAUACCUUUUGCAUAACUAGCAAUGUGGAUCUGUUGCUGUUAUUUGUACAUUGUGCUGAUCUUUGAGUUUUUACAACCCAAAUGCCAUUUUGUAGUGCUGUGAUACUCAAUUUUUUUAUAACAGUUUUUGUUGCAAUCAGAGCACCCAUGUUUUACCAUAGGCAUCCUUUAACUUUUACUAUGUUUUUGAUAAUGCAAAGUUUUUUGGAUGUGCAAGUGGAUUGUGAUGUUUUUUUUACAUAUUUUUAAGCAUGGGGCACAUUCAAGUGUAUUGUUGCUUUUUGUGUUCCUGUAUGUUGUAAGCACUAUAUUUUAGCUUAGUGCUUCGUUUCAGAUAGAGCUUUAAAAAAUUUGUGUGAGUUUUGUCUGAAUGGGGCGCAGAAAAUUUGCAAUGCGGGAUGUUUGGAAGAACACUGGGUUGUUGUUAUGUUACUUGUAUGAAAAAAGGAAUGUAACUUGUAGUUUGGAUUUAUGUGUGGGUGUUCUAUAUUUUGUUUGCUCAAUAAAAUUAUUCAUGUUUAAAGGACUGAUACAGUCCUUAUUAGGCUCUGUACCAUUUUCAGCUUGAUUGCAAUUGCUCUGGUCUUUCCUUUUAUGCUUUUCACUGAUCAGAAAAUUAUACAAGUGUAAAAUAUUUAAUAAAAAUUUUAGAAAUUGAA